UACCGCACAGAGCGCGCGCGGCGCGAUCACAACAACAUGUUUUUAUUUUUAGUUUGACCAUAACCUCAGUAAAAUGGCUUUCAAGCUUAAAGAUAUUAUUCAGGAGGAUGUGCAAGCUUUAAUAAAGAACUUGACGGGCUUUGAAGAGACACAGGAGAACUUUAAAGCGUGCGAACGUUUCCUAAUGUCCAAUGUCAUCCACCAUCGAUAUUUGUCUGUUGAUGGACAUGCUGUACGACGCUCUGUUGAAGGAAUGGUCACAAAAUUUCAUGUACACGGUCUCUCUGAUAGGGGACAAGAACUUGAUUCACUCAUCAAAGAAUUUCUCGCAAGUUCUGACUUCAAAGAUCACAGUACUGUGGAUAUCCAGUGGUGCCUCCUAUCUCUACUUCUUAAUUUAGGAGAAAACCCCACGAAUGUUAUGAGGACUCUAGAAAGGGAUCUAGAUUCUUCUAGUUUAUUUACUGUCGAAGAACCUGAUGAAGAGUUUGACUGGGCUGCAUACUUAAAAGAAGGAUUGGAUGACUUUCAGCGAGACUGGGGAGAUAACCCAAGUGAUGAGGAUGAAGUAGAUUGUAUGGUUGUACUGGAAAGAGAGUCAAUAGUUAUUCAACCUAAGUUACCAGAGAAAAGAGAUUUGCCUCAAUCGAAGGAUGUUUUAAGUUUGUUAAAGUUAAAGGAUCCCCCUCCAACCAAACCUAUCAAUGUUGUAAAUGCUCAAAACAUUUUAGCUGCAGAAUCCUGGUUAAAAAGUAACAUCCAGCAUGAAUGGUGGUCAAAAGCACAUUUUAAUGAAAAUAUUAUCAGUAAACAUCCAUUUUCACAAACUUCAAAACUGUGUGAUCCUAACAUGAAGGAGGGAAUAAAAACUUCAACUUUCAGUGAACAUAAAAUUGCUCUUGAAAUAAUUUGGUUGCUAUCAGCUCCAUGUGAUACUGCAAUUUUCAUGCAAGUCAUCAGUGAUGACGGUUUGAAAGUUCGGUCUUGUGUGCGUCCACAUGUAACUGCACCCAGCCUUACCCAGGAUGUAUUUGCAUCUUAUAUGACUUCUGUUUGUGCCUGUGCUGAUAUGCUUGAAGAACUUCAAUCAUUUUGUUUUGAUCUAAAUAGAAAUAAUGAAAAAAAGCCUUGUAAAACAUAUGAGGCAUAUAGAUGUGCCAUAGAGCGUGAGUUAAGGCCUGUAUUAAAAGCUUUAUCAGAAUUAGAACGGAAAGCCCAUCAACAGAGUGCCACUAUGACUCUUUUGACAUUACGAAAAGAGCUUGGUCCGUCCCUCUCAACUAUUGCUUCCUUACACAAGCUACACAAAUCAUCAGUACUAGACUGGAAGCAAUAUCCAAACUGGCUUUGUGCCACUCAUCUUUUGUCAGUUUUGUUAUCCUCUUUACGGAAUGGAGAUGGUAACACUGGUACAAACUUUAGGAUAUUUGUCCAAACAUUCCAAGUUUACAUUAAAAUUAUAGACCAAUGGCUAUCUGGCGGCCAUCUUUAUGACACUUGUGAUGAAUUUUUUAUAAUAAGGAAAGUAAAAAGCAACUCAACCUUGGGAGCCUCAUUUGAAAUGAGAGAUUGGGAGAAAGAAUUGGCAACUUUUGGAGUAGAGUCUCCUCAAGCCUUACAAGUUCUUGCUAGCUGCUUGUUGAAAGCCGCUCAGCCUCUUCAUGUAUUGUGUGAACUGGAUCGAUUACCAGAACUUCGCAAGAAAACGUCCAAUAGAUGUAGUCUAGAAAGUUUAUUUCUCCAGAAUCUUGUUUCUGACUUGGAACCCUCACAAGCUCAACAUACUGUUCUGAAUGUUGAAAAAGGAGGGAACAGUACAGAUGUCUGGUGGAAGAAAUUGGAUAAUCUUCCUUGUUCUAAAGUAGCAUCUCAUGAGAAUUUGGAGACAAGUCUAAAAGCAACCCAGCAAAAUUUAUCAGUUGAUAUGAAGUCUGUUAUAGACCAUCUACACCGUAUAGAUGACCCCCAUCUUAAGUCAGAAUUCCAAUUCUUUCUCUCCCUUGCCAAUGGAGCAUCAACAUCCAAAUCACGUCAAGAGAACCCAGAGAGACUUCUUUUUAAAAAGCUGUUGUCGGUGUCUCACAAUGUAUCAGAAUAUAUCUCAGUGGAGUGUUGUGUUGAGAGAGCUGUCUUGUGUCUCUCAGCUGAUUGGGAAGGGAUUGCUGGUGCAUUAGCAGCUGACAUAUUGAUUCGCGAACGUCAACUGCUCCAUCAUUUGCAUACUGCACAGAGCGUAUUUUUGUUACAAGCUGCCUACAGGCUUCAACCAUUUUUAUCUCACAUAUUUAAACUGAUAUUACACCGAAAAGACUUAAUGUGGAUGAAUUCUCAUACACUAAGCGUCUUGCUCCAAGAUUGCAUGGAUUCAGAUCAGUUUACCCUGCUCGUUAUGACAGGUGACAAAGAUCCAACAGAAAUGAAUAGUUUGGAAUGUAUUGAUGCUCUAUCAAUACACUAUCAGAUGGAAUGGCCUUUGUGUGCCAUUGUUGGUGAUGUCAGCCAAAAUGUUUAUAAUUUUAUACUUCGUCUACUUUUGAAAAUGAGAUGGGGUCUUUGGCUUUUGGAGGACCUUGAUAUAUCAGACUUGGAGAAAUCAAGAGAUGGAAGUGUCUCACAGCGCCUACUAUACUUGCGGUACUGGCUACUUCAUGCAAUCAGGGGCUCAUUCAGUUUUCUUGCUGGACAUGUCCUCAAUACACUCUGGUUAAAAUUUGAAGAGGAUGUUAAAAACACUAAGGAUAUGAAUUCUAUCAUUCAAGUCCAUAAUAGAUUUUUGGUCACUGCAUCAAGACAAUGUCUAAAUGCACGUCAAUCAGAUCCUAUAAAGAAUGCUCUGUAUCAGCUUGUGGUCAUAGCUGAAAAUCUUCAUGCACUAUGGAGAACAGAUUUGUCCAAGAUACCUUCAAACAAGCUAGAUAAAGUAGAGGGAUGCUACAGAGAAUGUCAUCAGUUUCUUGCUGCUUCACUUCAUCUGCUGGCAGAAAAUGAUGGGCUGGAGCAUUUGGUUGUUCUAAGUGAUCUCUUCAACUGGAAAAUACCUGAAAAGACCGCGUGAUGAACCAUUUUCUUCUGUGAUAAAGGAAGGAGUACUACAGGUAAUUUAUACUAGUCAUGCUGCCUUGCUGCCCAUAUUUAUCUUGUAUUGUACUUAUUUGAAAAGCAAUGAAGUGAAAAGUGUUGCUUGGCUGUCGUGUAUAAAGCAACGCUCAAAUGGAACAGGAAAAAACAAUCAAAACAGGAAAUAUAUCUAAAUGUCAAUCCUUAA